AUGAGGCAGUCAUUGUUUGUUAGUAUCUUACACGAUAUUCAACAAGUGAAUGAGUACUUCAUCCAAACCCGUGAUGCCACUGGUGCUCCUGGAUUAUCCAGUGUACCGAAGAUGACUGCAGCACUUCGGAUCCUCCAAUAUGGCGUGCCUACUGAUGCUGUAGAUGAGUACAUUAGAAUCGGCGAAAGUACUGCAAUUACCGCCUUAAAUUUUUUUACCGGAUCAAUUGUUGCUACCUAUGAAGUCGUUUACUUAAGAUCUCCAAAUGAAGCAGAUGUCGCCAGAUUAUUGCAAGAGGGAGAGCAACGCGAGUUUCCUGGAAUGUUAGGGAGUUUGGAUUGUGUGCACUGGCGUUGGGAUAAAUGUCCAAGUGCCCAAGUCGGUGCUUACACUGGACACUAUCACAAACCAACAGUUGUACUCGAGGCAGUUGCCUCCUAUGACUUGUGGAUUUGGCAUGCUUUCUUUGGCAUGCCUGGCUCUCUAAAUGAUAUUACUGUUCAUGACAGGUCGCUUUUAUUUGCUGAAUUAACUAGAGGACGUGCCCCUGCUGCAAACUACACCAGCAAUAAUCACGCAUACACCAUGGGGUAUUAUCUUGCUGAUGGUAUCUAUCCUCGUUGUGCAACAAUUGUGAAAACAAUAUCUCAACCUCAAGGCGCAAAGAGACAACUAUUUGCGAGGAUGCAGGAGGCAUGUCGGAAAGAUGUCGAAAGGGAAUUUGGAGUGCUCCAAGCACGAUUUAAUAUUGUCAGCGUGCCAGCUAGAGGUUGGAGUGAUGAGGACUUGUACUACAUCAUGAAGACGUGCAUUAUUUUGCACAACAUGAUCAGUGAAGACGAGCGUGAUAUUCCAGAAAAUGAACGCAGUGCAGCACAACUUGAGACUGAUACCAGUAAUUUGGGCUGUCAAGUGUCAGGCGAUCCGAAUGAGAAGUAUGCUCAAUUUAUGUUGAAUCGGCAAAGGAUUAGAUCUGUUGAAGCCCAUAAUGUAAUUCAUAAUGAUCUAAUUGAACACCUGUGGUCCCGAGUUGGAGAGUUAGAUUAA